UCACGAUAAUCAAUCGAGAGAGAAAUAUUCUUUCUAGUUUUCAAGUUGGUGUAAAAAGGUUAAUGCGUGACAAAAUGGAUGGUUACAUUAUCAAAUCCUCUUGUUUUCAAUUCCAAUGAAAACAUAAAUCAAUUUUAGAAGAACCCCUUGUUUUAUCUUAUCGGAUCACUUUUUUUAAUUUUACAUUACAUUUUGAUUCCCCCCAAGAAUUUGUAAGCAACAGCAACAACAAAAGCAAAAAGAACAACAAGAAAGAAAUAAAAAAGAAGAAAAACAGAAAAGAAAAGAAAAAAGUAGCCUUGAUUUUCCAGUUUACUUCCGGUCUGCCCCGAUCGAUCCCGCUCUGUCCAUUCGAACUUUCACCCAGGCGCCAUUGUUAUCAUGUGACAGGCAUUGCUACAUUAUACCGGCAUCCCUAUCUCUCACUUUCUAAGGACAUUUUCCGGUCUAUCGCAGUCUCAUACAGACUAAUUUCUGGAUGUUAUGUCUGUACAACAUCGUGAAAUGGCCACACCACAUACCACUGUCAAGACACCUCUACUUGGAGGCAUAAAAAAGAAGAGUAACUGUAGGAAACAUAUCGGCAGAUACUUACCUAUUACAAAAUGGCUCCCACAUUACUCCUUCAAUAACCUACAGUGCGACAUGAUUGGCGGUUUGACUGUCGGGCUCAUGGUGAUUCCACAGGGCCUGGCAUAUGCCACUAUCGCAGGCUUACCAACAGUAUAUGGCCUUUACUCCGCCUUCAUGGGCUGUUUUAUUUAUUGUAUAUUUGGAACCAGCAAAGAUGUAAGUCUUGGGCCCACUGCUAUUAUGUCCUUGAUUGUCAACCAGUACUGCCAUUAUUCAGAGGAAGAUGAGGACACACGCUUCGCUAUUGCUUUGGCAUUCUUCAGUGGGCUUAUCCAGUUUGCUAUGGGAUUCUUCCGCUUUGGAUUUCUAGUACGAUUUAUAAGUGUCCCAGUGAUAAGUGGUUUUACCUCUGCUGCUGCAAUAACCAUAGCUGCAGGACAACUCAAAUCAAUUCUAGGUUUACAGCACAUCCGGCGAGAGUUCAUCUACUGUGUGUAUGACACCUUCAGGAAAAUAACACAUUUUAAAAAAUGGGACCUCAUUCUUGGGAUAAUCUGCAUCAUAUUACUUCUUAUUCUUCGCAAGCUUGGUAAAACAAAGUGGCCAGAGGAGGAAGAUGAGGAAAUAGCAAUUCAGCAGAGGAUCUCUAGAAAGGUCAUAUGGCUUGUCAGUACUGGAAGAAACUUCAUUGUUGUACUAAUGGCCACUUUGGUGGCUUAUGCUGUUGAAUACACUGGCCAUCAUCAUGUGAUAAGCGUUACUGGUGACAUCAAACCAGGGCUUCCUCCUUUUAAGGCUCCCCCGAUGACCAUCACGAGUGGGAAUGUGACCUACAGCACAUCAGAUGUCCUGUCACAGCUAGGCCCAGGCCUCGCGAUAGUGCCGCUCAUCGGCUUCUUGGAGAGUAUCGCCAUCGCUAAGGCUUUCGCACGCAAGAACAGAUACAAGGUGGACGCGAGUCAGGAACUGAUUGCUCUUGGAUUGGCUAACGUCUUAAGCUCGUUCGUGUCGUCAUAUCCGGUGACCGGAAGCUUCUCUCGUACUGCUGUGAACGCUCAGAGCGGAGUAGCCACGCCUGCUGGAGGAAUCUUCACGGGCGCUAUUGUAAUCCUAGCGCUGGGGGUACUCACACCUUUCUUCAAAUAUAUCCCAAAAGCCUCUCUGGCAGCGCUCAUCAUCAGCUCCGUGUUGACGAUGGUCGAGUUUCAGAUCGUGCCCAGGAUCUGGCGGGUGAAGAAGAUCGACCUUAUUCCCCUCCUGGUUACAUUCUUCGGCUGUUUUUACGAGAUCGAGUACGGGAUCCUUGCGGGUAUGGGCGUGUCCCUCGCCAUCUUUCUCUACCCCGUCAUAUGGCCCACCCUCACCAAGACAGAGCAGGAUUACAUCACCAUCAGGAUUAAGGGCGAUUUGGCAUACACAGGGGUGGAACACGUGGUCUCUGAGCUCGAGGAGCUAACCUUCUCUGACCCACCCCCACGGGGAAUCAUCCUGAACAUGUCCAUGAUUCAGCACACGGAUUUCACAGUCACCCAAUGUCUGUUGGUGGUUAUUGAGGAGUUAGGGAAUAAGAAUAUUCCUAUGUUUUUCUCGGAGGUGCAAAGUGGUAUCCGUAAGACCUUGAUUGACGCUGGGGUAGAGCCUAGCACGAUAAACCCUUCAGGGGAGCACUUACAGUCAAUGAUUAAAUCUUCCGAUGUUUAGAUCGUAGGUAAACCUUUUCUACUUGCAUAUGAUACAUAAAAACACACAUGCCAAAACCUCACAUACCCCACUAGAAUAACACAAUCAAAGGAGCAAAAUUACAAUUCACCUUUUUUCAAACAAGGUUGCACUCGAGAAUCUAGCUGUAUACGUAACCCGUAUGGGUAUCAAAUACCUCAGUGGUUCAUGGAUAUCAUAUACGCCGUUACUUAAAAACGAAUCAAGGCUUUUACCAAGUAUGGGUAACCCUAGUAUUUACGCGCAUCGGAACUUCCGCAUGGCUUUCAGAGAUCGAGACUUUGACAUGUUUGUUUUAUCCAUGAUGCGAUGCGGGUUUCGACACAUUGUCCAAGUGCAACCUUAUUUGAAAUAGGUGUAUACACAAUAUGGCAAAUCUCAAAUCAUUGCCACAAAAUGUAUGGCUUAUCAUGUAUAUAUGUAUUGGGAGUGGACUCCUAAAUUUAGAAACUUUUAAAUACUUUCACAUGAAAGAAGAAAAAAUACUUUUUUUUAACUCUAGGGUAUAGAAAAUACAAAACGUUGUACUAAAAGUCGUACAUAAUGAAUUGUUUACCUGUUAUUAUUGUUUACGAUACCAAUCACGGUAGCUAAAUAUUUUGUGACCAUAACUAAAAUAUAAUUUUUAUAGUCUUGAAAAUUUUAUUGUACAAAAGAAUAGCGUAUUUUUUAUGGUAGAUUAGUAGUAUUUUUUAAAUGGAUUAAACGGUGAAUAAAGUUCGAAAGUGAUGUAGUGUGUGAAAACAUGGUACUUUGAAAUAAGUUGUGUUAAGGGCAAAUAACAGCAAAUUAUUCUAAACCUUGUAAAAAUAAGAGGUCUGUACAAAAGAUUGAUGACCUGAAAUUAUGAUAAAUUGAAAAACCCA